GCAAAAUUCCAGCCUAUCCGGUCCCUGGUUUGAUCGUAAAAGAAAGUCACGGCCAUAUCCACGUCCAAUCAACUCUUCUCGUCUUUUUAUUUACCUCACAGACUACCGUCUCUUUUAGUCCUCUUUCCGCUUUUCCCGUCUCCAUCUGCUCUUCUCCGUCAUCUCUUAUUUAUGCAGCUCACAGGUCAGUGAUUGCCAUCUCCCCUUCGCCUCGCAAUCCGAAGAGCCACGCUCCUCCAGCUCACUGUCGCUUGGCUCCCAUUCUAUUCACUCUCAUUUCCCUCAGCUGCACAGAUUUCCUUCGUCUGACUAUUGGGGUCCUGCCUGCUACUAGCUGGCUGAUCCAUUCGAUGAGACGACGGCUCGUCUUCUAGAAUGGGUUCAUUGGAGUCGGGGCUUCCUCUCAAGAGGGACGGGGGUCUCUUCCGUUCCUCCUCAGCCGGCAAAACUGAGAGGAACCUGUUUCUGCAGAAACCCAGAUCAAGAUUCUCCCGUUUCUUCUUCCUCAAGAAGCUCGAUUACCUCCUAUGGAUUUGCACAGUCGCUGUCUUCCUAUUCUUUGUCGUUGUCUUCCAGAUGUUCUUGCCUGGCUCUGUCAUUGAGAAAUCGGAGGGUUCGCCCACUUACCUUGACUUGCUCUCCGGGGAUUUCGCUUAUCUGAAACAAAUUGGUGGGUUGGAUUUUGGGGAAGAUGUCCAGUUCAAGCCGUCGCAUCUAUUAGAGAAGUUUCAGACGGAAGCUCAGAGAGAACUCCAUCCUUCGUCCAUGGCGAAUAAGACUCAAUUGCAGCGUUUCGCUAACAGGAAGCCGCAGCUCGCCCUGGUGUUCAGUGAUCUAUUAGUUGAGCCGCAGCAGCUGCUUAUGGUUACAGUGGCAACUGCAUUGCAAGAGAUGGGGUACUCAAUUCAGGUAUACUCAUUAGAGGAUGGUCCUGUGCAUAAUAUUUGGAAGAGCAUGGGGGUUCCAGUCGCAACUUUCAAAGACGAGAAAACAAAUAUUAUGGUUGACUGGCUAAACUAUGAUGGCAUCAUUGUAAACUCUCUUGAAGCCAAGGAGUUUAUCUCUAGUUUGAUGCAGGAACCAUUCAAAUCUGUGCCUCUCAUAUGGACCAUCCGUGACAGUACGCUUGCUAUUCGUUUGAGGCAGUAUGAUUCCAGUGGUCAGACUGACCUCAUUGAAAAUUGGAAAAAGGUUUUCAACCGCGCUAGUGUAAUUUUGUUCCCAAAUCACGUGCUACCGAUGAUGUACGCAGCAUUUGAUGCUGGAAACUACUAUGUUGUCCCUGGUUCCCCUGCUGAAGCGUGGGGACUAGAUGCUACAAACACAUUAUCUAAUGAGAACCGUAUGAGAAUGGGUUACAGGUCUGACGACACUGUCAUUGUGGUAGCUGGAAGCCAGUUUCUAUAUAGGGGUUUGUGGCUUGAGCAUGCACUUGUUUUACAGGCUCUGUUACCGAUAUGUUCCACCUUCCCACUUGAGAAUAAUUCCAGUUCUCUUAAAAUCAUUGUUUUAAGUGGCAACUCCAACAGCAACUACAGUAUGGCUGUAGAGGCUAUUGCAGCGAAGUUGAACUAUCCAAGUGGUGUUGUGAAGCACAAAGGUGUCGAUGAAGAUGCAAGCACUGUAAUAAAUGCAGCUGAUCUUGUGAUAUAUGGGUCCUUUAAUGAGGAGCAAUCUUUUCCAGAAGUUAUAAUGAAAGCAAUGUCCAUGGCGAAGCCUGUCAUUGCUCCAGAUCUUGCUAUGAUAAAGAAAUACGUUGAUGACAGGGUUAAUGGGUUUCUUUUCCCCAAGGACAAGAUCAAGGAUCUUACGGGAAUUUUAUUGCAACUGAUGCCAACAGGGAUACUAUCACCUCUGGUUCACGAAGUUGCUUCAAAGGGAAAAAUCACUGCUAAAAAUCUGAUGGUUUCAGAAACAAUUCAAAGUUAUGCUCUACUACUUCAGAAUGUUCUCAAACUUCCAUCAGAAGUUAUGCGUCCUAGAGCUGUUACCGAAAUCCCUCCAAUAUUGAAAGUAGAAUGGCGGUGGCGACUAUUUCAACCAUUUUUUAAUUCCACAUAUGAAGACAGAGCAUUGAAGAGUUCUAGAUUCUUGGAUAGCUACGAGGAGCUGUGGAACCAUACACAUAUGGAGGUUUCUGGCUCUACAGGUGGUCCUGAUGAUUCAUUUAUCUAUGAAAUCUGGGUAGACCAGAAAACUGAGCAGAUACUCCAUAGUAGAAAGAGAAGAGAAGAAGAAGAACUGAAAGACCGUACUGACCAGCCUCGUGGAACAUGGGAGGAAGUAUACCGUAGUGCCAGAAGAGCUGACCGGGUUAAGAAUGAUUUACGAGAAAGGGAUGAAGGAGAGCUUGAGAGAACAGGUCAACCUUUAUGCAUUUAUGAACCGUACUUUGGAGAAGGGACGUGGUCUUUUCUGCACAGUCAAUCACUUUAUCGUGGGAUAGGCUUGUCUACAAAAGGGAGAAGACCUAUGACAGAUGAUAUUGACGCACCAGCUCGUCUACAACUUCUGAAUGACCCUUACUACCGAGAUACCCUCAAUGAAUAUGGAGCCUUUUUUGCAAUUGCAAAUCGUUUUGACCGUGUUCAUAAGAAUGCUUGGAUAGGGUUCCAUUCUUGGAGAGCAACUGCAAGAAAGGCAUCUUUGUCUAAGGUUUCAGAAAAUGCGUUGUUAGAUGCUAUUCAAUCACGAAAGUAUGGAGACACACUCUUCUUUUGGGUUCGCAUGGACACUGAUCCAAGAAAUCACAUACAACAGGACUUUUGGUCCUUCUGUGAUGCCAUAAAUGCAGGAAAUUGCAAGUUGGCUUUCUCUAAGGCCCUGAGCAAGAUGUAUGGUAUCAAAGGGGACCUUGAUUCCUUGCCGACGAUGCCUGUAGAUGGCGAUACUUGGUCUGUCAUGUCGAGUUGGGCUAUGCCAAGUAGAUCCUUCCUGGAGUUUGUGAUGUUCUCAAGAAUGUUCGUGGAUGCUCUGGAUGCAGAAAUGUAUGAUGAACACCGUCAAAGUGGACGCUGUUUUUUGAGUUUAUACAAGGUAAAUGCCGUAGCUCAAUAAUAGUUUGUGGAGUCGCAUGCCCAGCUGAGUUGGUUAUUAUAUGUAGAGGUGGCAAUCGGUCGUGUCGGUGGGUUUGUGGAUUGGUCUAAGAUGGGUUGCUGGUAUUGUCUUGAAAAUUGGGGUGGAGAGUAUUUCCGUCAGCUGUCAGCUGACUCUUUUGUAAUUGAGUGGGUUGGUUUGCAGAGGUUGGUUGAUUUUUGCCACCUCUAGUUAUAGGAUAGCAGUGGACUGAACCUGUGAAAGAUGGAUAACCAGAUAUACAUUAUUGUUGCAGGACAAGCAUUGCUAUUCUCGGAUUCUCGAGCUUCUUGUCAACGUGUGGGCAUACCACAGUGCUAGACAUAUGGUGUAUGUAAACCCAGAGACUGGAGUGAUGCAUGAGCAGCACAGCAUGCAGAGCAGGAGGGGCAAAAUGUGGACGAAGUGGUUUUCAUUUGCCACAUUGAAGAGUAUGGACGAGGAACUGGCCGAGGAGGCAGAUUCAGACCACCCUAGCAAGAGGUGGUUGUGGCCUUCCACUGGCGAAAUCUUCUGGCAAGGUAUGUAUGAGAAGGAGAGGAGCAUGCGGAAUCAGCAGAAAGAGAAGAGGAAGCAACAGAGCAAGGACAAGCUUAGGAGGAUGAAGGGUAGACACCGACAGAAAGUGUUGGGGAAAUACAGGAAGCCCUCUCCGGAGGAGAUGGCGACGAUGGAGAAUUCGACAAUGUUGAACCGCAGCAGGAAGUUGUGAUAGAGAUUGGUUUCGGAUUACAUAACCACCACAGGCUGCUCCCUAUUUCGUGGAUGUAGUAAAGAGUAGAGUGUAAUUGAUAAAUUCAUUCGUUCAUUGUUGAUUUUGCACAUCAAACUCCCGCUUGUUUUGGUUGAAAAUUGUUGCACAGAAGGCACAAUGUAUUACUGUUGUUGGCAGGGGGAUCUGUAAUUAGAUGGAUGCGUCCUUCUCGCCAAUGAGUUUUUUAGUAGUCUUCCUGACAGGUAAUGUAAUACCCUAACUCGGUUGAACACUGAUUUUACUAUAAUGUCAUUUAUCAUUUCGCUAAAAUAUUAAAUCAACCAUAAUGC